UAACCAUGUGAUCUAAGUUUUGUUUACUUGGUCAAAAUGGUUGCAGCUCUACUGUUAGUUGGAGUAGCCACAAUUGUUUUUGCAGUCAUAUGGUAUAUGCAAUAUGGAAAAUUGAGGAAAGAAUUGAAUAAGUUCCCUGGACCUGCUGCUGUCCCUGUCUUUGGAAAUGCCUUAAUGUUGAAGACAGAUAGAAAAGAAUUUUAUCAACAGUUGCAGACAUUUUGUGAAGACUACAGACAAAAAGGAAUAUUCAGACUUUGGUUGUAUGAGGGCUCACCUUUGGUCUUAUUUUACAAGCCUGAACUUUGUGAGAUAUUAUUGAACAGUAGUAAACAUAUAGACAAGGCACAAGAAUACAGAUUUCUUCAUCCUUGGUUAGGAACAGGCUUAUUAACCAGUACUGGUACAAAAUGGAAGACAAGAAGAAGAAUGCUGACACCAACUUUCCACUUUAAGAUUCUUAAUGAUUUUAUGGGUGUAUUUAAUGAUCAAAUUGAUGUAAUGAUGAAUAAACUGGAAGGAAAAUGGAAGAAUGGAACUUUUAAUAUCUUCAAUGAUAUAACUUUGUGCGCCCUAGAUAUUAUAUGUGAGACAGCCAUGGGAAGAACAAUUAAUGCACAGAAUGAUGAUGAUUCAGAAUAUGUCAAAGCUGUUUACAAAAUAACAGAGAUUAUUUUAACAAGACAGAGAUCUCCAUGGUUUUGGCCUGAUUUUAUGUUUAAUACAAUAGGAGCAGGCAAGGAACAUGACAGAUUACUUAAAAUUUUACAUGGUUUCACAGAAAAGGUUAUAAAAGAAAAAAGUGCAGAAUUUUCAAAGAAACAAGCAAAUGGGUUGACAAUGGAGGAUAUUCUCAAUAACCAUGACGAUGAUGAAACAUCAUACAUUAGUCGUGAGAAACGUUUAGCAUUUCUGGACAUGCUGCUAUGUUCUACAGUACAGGGUGAAAGUUUGUCAUUUAUGGAUAUCAGAGAAGAAGUUGAUACAUUCAUGUUUGAGGGUCAUGACACAACAGCAGCAGCAAUGAGUUUUACAAUGCAUUUGAUUGGUGCACAUCCUGAAGUACAAGCAAAGGUUCACAAAGAAUUAGAUGAGGUUUUUGGUGACAGCAACAGGAGAGCAACCAUGAAAGACUUGAAAUCAUUGAAGUACUUAGAAUGUGUUAUAAAGGAAGGACUGAGAUUAUUCCCCUCAGUUCCAUUUUUUGGAAGAACAACAACAGAAGAUCUAGUCAUAAAUAACGUCACUAUUCCCCAAGGAACAACAUGUAUAUUAGUAACAUUUGCUUUGCAUAUGGAUCCUAAGUAUUUCCCAAAUCCUGAAAAGUUUGAUCCAGAUCGAUUUUUACAAGAGAAUAUCAAAAAUCGUCAUCCAUACUGCUAUGUACCUUUUUCUGCUGGACCAAGAAACUGCAUUGGUCAAAAGUUUGCUAUGUUAGAGGAGAAGGCAAUGAUUUCCUCCAUUUUAAGGAAAUAUAAUGUUAAAGCAACACAGACAAGAGAAGAAAUGUGUGCUAUAGGAGAAAUUAUUUUGAGAGCAGAUGGUGGAGUCUAUGUAGAACUGUCUCCAAGAUGAUAGAUACUAUAGUUUUACAAAAACUCUAUAAAGUUCCAGCAUUAUUGCUAGUACAUUCAGUAUUAAUUUUUGCACUAUAUCUUCACCCUUGAUUCUACAUGGAUAUGAAGCAAUCAAAAUAAUUGUCUUUGAAAGUAAUGUUGUGAAACAAAAGUAUCCUUGAAAAGGAUUGUUGUCCAAUCAAAAACAUUUAAAACAAUCAAGUUUUGAUAAUUUUAUAUCUGAUAUUAGUGUUACUUUUCAAUAAAUGUUCUUUCAUU